ACGUACAGCUGAAGUUAAUAGUAAUUCAAACAUAUCAUCAUCAUCAUCAUCAAUGAAAACCUUUUCACCACAAACAAAAACUGAUACCGAUUGUUCAGAUAUAACUAUCCCACAUGAUGUUUAUAUUAUUGAUGGUGCUGAUCUUGCUUUUAGAAAUCAUCGACAUGAUCAAAAUUUUUCGGAAUCAAAAUCAUUACGUGAUCUUGAACGAAAAACUUUUCUUGUCUAUACAAAUCGGUAUUUAAUAACAAAUGUUUCAUUAAAAGAUGUUAGAUUAGAUUUUACAAUUUAUAAACAAAUUUUAGAAGGUACAGCUAUUCGAUAUCGUUUACAAAAUGAUAAUAAUUUUCAAUCAUUAUUAGUAAGAAUUAUUAAUGAUGAUGAUGAUGGAAAUGAUUGUGAAACACAUUGUUCAUUAUGUAUAUAUGGAAAAAAAUGUACAUAUAGAUUGAAAUGUAAAUAUUUUCAUAUUGAACGUCGACAUCAAAAUCUACUUUCAAUUACAGAAAGUCUUCAAAUGAAAGCACGAUUAGAAAAAUCAAAAAUUCAACAUUAUUUAUCAACUCCAACAAUGAUAAAUAAUAAUGGAUUUAAUCAUACGAAAUCGGGUCCUGAACAUUUACAUAUGUAUUCAUCACCAAUAAUGGAUUAA